AGUUAAUUUUCUUCGUAAUAGCUAGUAUGGGGCUAUGUUUUGGAUUUGUGCUGAAAACAGUGUUGAUGAUAUAGAGAUGAUUUUGUUAUCGCUGAACAGUGCUUACACAGAGUCAAGGCCUUUUCUGCUUCUCACACCGCCCUACCAGCAGGAUGGCAGGGGGUGCACAAGAAGUUGGGAGGGGACACAGACAGGACAACUGACCUCAACUGACCAAAGGGAUAUUCCAUACCAUAUGAUGUCAUGCUCAGCUUGGGAAAGAGGAAGGAAGGGGGAGCAGCGGUGUUUGGAGUGAUGGCGUUUGUCUUCCCAAGUAACCAUUAUGCGUGACGGAGCCCUGUUUUCCUGGAGAUGGCUGAACACCUGCCUGCCCAUGGGAAGUGGUGAAUUAAUCCCUUGCCUUGCUUUGUUUGCACGUGUGGCUUUUGCUUUACCUAUUAAACUGUCUUUAUCUCAACCCAUGAGUUUUCUCACUUUCACUCUUCAAUUCCCUCCCCCAUCCUGACAGGGGAGAGUGAGUGAGCAGCUGUGUGGGACUUAGCUGACGGCUGGGGUAAAACCACAACAACAGGUCUGACAGAAGUUGAGCUUCCUCUCUGGUGCUGGCUGCAGCCGUUUGCCUGCAGAGGUAUAUUUCCUUAAAUAGAAGGACUGCCUUACCUAGCAGAUGAAGGAUUCAGAACGAUGGCCUUGCAGGAGCAGGUCUGGCCAGUCCCAAUGAAGGCAAUUGGAGCACAAAACCUUUUGACAAUGCCUGGAGGAGUGACCAAAUCAGGGUAUCUUCAUAAAAAAGGAGGCACCCAGCUGCAGAUCUUAAAGUGGCCAUUGAGAUUUGUGAUUAUCCAUGAGGGAUGUAUUUACUAUUUUAAGAGCAGCACAUCUGCAUCUCCACAGGGUGCAUUUUCUUUGAAUGGUUACAACAGGGUUAUGCGGGCAGCUGAAGAGACAACAUCAAGCAAUGUGUUUCCUUUCAAGUUAGUUCACAUUAGCAAGAAGCACAGGACAUGGUUUUUUUCAGCUUCUUCUGAAGAUGAAAGAAAGAACUGGAUGCUAUCCCUGAGGAGGGAAAUUGAUCACUACCAUGAGAAGAAAGAAACAAUAACAGAAUUCAGUGACUCUGGUUCUGAUGCAGACAGUUUCUACGGCUCAGUAGAACGUCCCAUCGAUAUCAAGUAUUCUCAUCAUUCAGCAGAUAAUGAAGAUUACGACCAGGAGGAGGAUGAUGAGUCUUACUUGCAGCCAGAUACUUCUGACAUAGUCAAAGAUGAUAUGGUCCUGCCCCCAGCCUACCCGCCUCCACCAGUUCCUCAUGUCAGAAAAGCUGCCUAUUCAGAAUCAAGGGCAAAUUCCUUUGCUGGAAAAUCUACUGUUCCAGUACCACCACCGCCUCCUAAAAGAAGCUUACCUGAUAUCAAACUAGAGGAGAUCUUAAACGUGAGAGAACAUCAGUUACAGUGCCGAGCUGAACCUAAUGUAAAGAUUCAAUCCUCAAGCCGGAGACUAAGUGAACAGCUGCCCCCUGUGCCCCCUCUGCCUCUUUUCAAAAAGCCUCAGUGUGUCAAAGAAUCGUGCUCGCUGCUUCCAGAGCCUCUGCCUCUAGCUCAAGUUCUUGCUACUUCAGAAGGAUGCGAGAAGCUAAAAACCUUAAACCUUUCACCGCGAACCCCUCCUCCACUACCAAGCAGUAAACCCAAGCUGUCACAGUUAACUGAAAAACCAAUAGAGCCCAGAGUGCCAAGAGAACAUGGCAAACCUGGACUGUUUGUGCCACCAGUGCUCCCAAAGCCACCUGUGCCAAGCCACCAGCCCCCUGGAAUCAAGCCUAGACCAGAGAAGUCUUCAUGUCCCCAGUUACAGAGAUCACCACCAGAUGGACAGAGUUUUAGAAGCUUCUCAUUUGAAAAACCAGCAGUACCUUCCAAGCCAAACCAACCUGAUGAUGAUUCUGAUGAUGACUAUGAAAAAGUUGGUCUGCCUGCUUCAAUAUUUCUUAAUACCUCCGAAUCCUUUGAAGUUGAAAGGACAUUUAAAGCUAGUAGCCCACGAGGACAACCACAAAAUGGAUUGUACUGUAUUAGGAACUCAUCUACUAAGCCUGGAAAGGUAUUGGUUGUAUGGGAUGAAUCUGCAGAAAAAGUGAGAAACUACAGAAUCUUUGAAAAGGAUUGCAAGUUUUACCUGGAUUCAGGCAUCAUGUUUUUGAACGUGGGAAGUUUGGUCGAAUACUACAGCACUCAUGUCUUACCUAGUCAUGACAGUCUGAUUCUUCGGUAUCCUUAUGGUUACUCUAAACCAAGGUGACAUGACUGGCGUAAUUCACUGACGCACAGGACAAGUGGGUUCUCUGCUGCCCUUGAAUUAAAUGUGGACUCCUGCCACUGUUGGACAUCCCAUUGUUUGCACACAGAAGCUGAGUCUGUUUCAAACGCUUAUUCUCACAUUAAUUGUAUAUAGACUCCAUUUAAUGAACUCUUGGUAAAACCUUACAAUCCAGAUCAGUGAAUUUUAUGGUCUUUUCUUUUUAAAAGAUCUGAGCUGAUCAUGCUGUGAAAGCUGUCGAUGAUACCUACACCUUUUAUAAAACUGCUGCUAUUACUAAUAAUCUCCUUGGAAUGUGGAAGAUGGACACGAACAAAGAAGUGGUCUGAAUACAACCAAUACAGAAAAGGGAAACUUCUGGAAGUAUAUCAGAACUCACUUGUAACAGGGAAUACUAAUACUCUGACUUGAAGGCAUUACCCCUUAAGUCAGCACUGGUGCUCAACUGAGAGGUUUUGUAUUACUUGUAUAGUUGACAUGUAAAUAAUGAAGACUUAUGUGCAAAUCAUUUGGUUUACUAUAGGUAAAGAUGAUCAGGAAAUGUGGCUUUUUUUUAAGCCACCUCAUACAUAGAUAUAACUUCUGAUUGCAAUGUCUGCAGUAAUCAAUAUCAGGGUACUAUCCAACUGAUACAGUUGUGGCAUCCCACAUUACUUAAUGACUUGCACUGCAGAUUGGUGUGGAAUAAUAUUGACUUUCAUGGGAGCCCUGUUCCUUUGCUCUGAACUGGAAGGGUAGGUGCCACUACUAUUUUAAUGGGCAUGAAAAAAGAGAAAGGACUACUUAAGAUUAAGGGGAAAGGGAGGGACUCUCUUGAAUACCCAAAAUUCUGACUAGUGGUUUUUUCUCACAUUGCCAUCAUCAAAGGUUCUUCAAAGCAAAACACAAACACAUACACACACACCCCCCCCCCAAAACCGGGAGCAUGAUGCUACUAUUUCUCUGUAAGUCUUUGCAGUCGGUCUCUUAGGAUCAGUUUGUCAGCCCAUUGCCAUCUGUUCUGUUCUAGGGCAAAACAUACUGCCCUAGUCUACUUUUUGUAGUUCAACAAGAAUUUUCCCAUUAUUAAAAUCGCUACUCAGUAUGUUAAAAACAGAUUUUAUUUUGCAUGCAAGUACAAUCAGCACUAUCAGUGAUAGGCAUUAGCAGGGUGCUUGUAAUAUUUGUUCCCCAAUAUUUUGGGGACACGUAUCCUAAAACCAAGGGCUUGAUGUUUAUGCCAAAAUUACUCUAUUCCUAAAUUUUAGUAAAGAAGAGAAAUUUAUUUUAAUGAGCUGAUAAGUAACUUUGUUGAUUCAAAAGUACUGUUAUAAUGGUCUCAUAUCUCUAACAAUGUUUACAAGACUUGUAAUAAUAAUUUAAAAAAAAAAAAAUCCUGUCACUCUCCUGAAGUAGGAGAAGGGAUCUAGUUUCAUUCAGUCUGAAUCUGUAUCCAUAACUUAAUUUUUUCUGUUACCUUUUCAAAGUUUAUACAUAUCAGUUUUAGUCUUGCUACAGUUAGAUGGUCACAACUUUAAAAACAUAAACAAAAUGGUUUACAGAAUAAGAAUUCUCUGUUUAUGAAAACAGUAAAUAUUAGGACCAUACCAAGGAAUCAAGGCAAGAAACUCUGCCUCUUACCAUUUUCAAGAGACACAGGCAUACACAAUAUCAGUCUUUUGAUCUCUGUUCCCACUGUAAUAGGUUUUAUGUGUAUAAAGUAAAGAAUAUGCAAUACUUAAAUUUCAGAUUCUGUUGAAUAUUGGAUAUUCUAAGUUUCUGAUUCCUUUUAUUUUAAAUGAGUAUCCCUGUGGUUCACUACCCUGAUAUGAGCCACUCUGUGAAGAAGGCUCAGCAACAAAGCAUUUAAAAAAGAUUUUUGGAUAUAGAUAUAUGUAUAUCGGGGCAAGUUCUAGUUUCUUACAGUAUUUACAUACACUGUUUACAGAGUAAAUUUUUCUCUAUUUGGGAAAAAUUGACUCCAGUGUGUCACGACAGUCAUACUUGCAGUAUGCUAUCUUUGGGGCCCUAUUCAGAUAUUUAAUUUUAAUGUUUUUUGCAACCAUAUACUCUUAAGAUUUUUAAACUGCAAAAAUACUUGUGUAAUCCAAUACAUAUAAAACAUAACACUUUACCUGUGUAAUACAAGAUUUGCAAAUAUGUAAAUUUUUAAUUUCCUUUUUAUAUAAAUGUAUAUAUUUCUGAAAUGGAUAAACUUUCAA